CUUUUUCUUUUGUGAAGGAGGAGAAAGGAUGUUUUCUGAUCAACUAUGAAGGGACAAAGCGACACCUGACAGCGGCCAAAACUGAGAAUCAGGCGGCCGCACCAUGACGCUGUGUGCAGCUGAAGGUCCUCCGAGGGGGUUCGACCACAAAACCACAGUUCCCACGCUGAGGGUCCGUACUCCAUCACUUCAAAUGACUCUGUCCUGAUUGAUGUAAGAGUCAGAGGUGGCAGGCCACGGCAUGGGCAACUCCGCCAGGAAGGGAGGGGGAGAAGAGGAGGAGGAGAAGGAUGGAGAGGAGGCAGAAAUUACAGAUGUGAAGAAGAAAGUAGAGGACGAAGAGGUUGAGGAAGAGUUGCCCCUGGGUGUACUGGAGUUGUUGGAGAGUGGAGAUCCAGUGUUGGAUUUGAGUUACCGUAAGUUUCAUCAGUUACCCUCAAGGGUCUGCGAACUUGUGCAUUUGGAGAAGCUGUAUUUUUGUGGCAACCGUCUUCGCACGAUACCUGAUAGCAUCUCCCAGCUGCAAGGUCUGCGGACCCUCGCCCUCGACUUCAACAAAAUGGAAGACCUUUCUGUGGCCAUCUGCCAGCUCAGCAGCCUCACUCAUCUCUAUCUGGGCAGCAACCGCCUGAUGAGUCUCCCGCCUGAAUUUCGGGACCUUCAAAGUCUGCGUUGCCUGUGGGUGGAGAGCAACUAUUUCCAGCGAUUUCCGCGAGAGCUGUACAACCUACCCCAUCUGCGGUCCCUUCAGAUUGGGGACAAUCACUUGAAGACGCUCCCUGCUGACCUGUGGCGAAUGGAGUCUCUGAAGGGGCUAUGGCUAUACGGCAACCGCUUUGACACCUUCCCAAAAGUUCUUUUGCGCAUGAAGCACCUGGAGAUAUUAGACCUGGACCGCAAUAAGAUAUCAGAGUUCCCCAGCCUGAAACGUCUUCGUGCUCUGCAACUCUUCUCCUACGACCACAAUCCGGUUAAGGCGCCUCCUAAGGUGGGAGAGGAGGUGCUUGUGGUCGGGGAAGGAGCUGAAGAGUUCCUCCAGGAACGUGAGGCGAGACAAGAGAGACGGAGAAAGGCUGCAGAGAAGGAGGCAGAGGAGCUCGCUCUGGCAGGGGAGGAACCGGUCAUCCAUGGCAUUCUGAAGAACAGCAGCUCCAUCCCACACCAAGCAGGAAACGAAACCGCCGUGACUGUAGAAGACACAGACAUCGGAGAGGAAGACCUCCAGUCAAAGGAUGAGGAGGGUGAUGUGGAGGGGCUGGUAAUGGAGUUUGAUGGUGCUGAGCUGGAAUAUGAUGAGGAGGGAGUUGAAUAUGAGUGGGAGGAGAUGGUAUGUGAAGGAGAGGGGUUGGAGUUUGAAGGAGAGGAGCUGGUGUAUGAGAGGGCACAGAUGGACUAUGAAUACGAGGACGGGGAGCAACUGGAAGACAUGGAGGGUCAGGAUGAAGAGGCAUGAAGACACUCCAGACCCAAAAGAUGAUGUGCACGUGGGCAGACAGUGGUGACAUUUGAUUGAAGCUGGGGGCUGUGCUGCUAAUUUAUAAUGUGUUGUUCACUGCAAACGAACGAGCCGGGCAUUAUGAAAUUAUGAACUGACAGUACCUGUGACAUCUCAGUCAGCUGAAAAAAAAAAAGCAAAUCGGAGCAGCGUUCAGUUAGCGUGUGUGUGAAACAUGAGUGUGCAGUGCGCAUGGGUGUAUUACAUUAAGGUUGUGUUAAUUUGUUUUAACUGUGAUACAAUUUAUUUUCAACUCAAUACAGUCUUCCAUUAUUAAACAUUAACUUGAUGA